AUGUGAAAACAGGCUGCGCUGCCAGCAUUGUUCGAGUCACUUCAAUAGAAAACCAAAAGACGGAGUGGACUCAUUUCACCUCCCGACUGCCUUUGGGGUUCAUGUUCGACGUCUGAUGGUUUUUCUCUUACUUCAAAAUAACUAGGAAAAAUGUUUUUCCAUUUGAUUCUUUUGGUUAUUUCUGUGAUGACGUUCCUGGCCAGCUCCCAUGAGCCCACCUGUGAUCAAAACUGUGCAGAUAAACCUCAGUUCACUCCAUCCAGACUGGUGGUGCAGUUUGGGAAGCCGACCUCCGCCCUCUGCUCCGUGUGUCAGCCUGGAUGCAAUGUCACUACAUUUGGUAUCGAAAGUCCUGUUGGAUCCUUGGCAAAAAAUGGAACUGAGAUUACAUGGAGGGUCAAGAAAAUGACUGAGUGGAUCAAUUCUCUAUCAUGCUAUUAUACCAAUGGCACUACUGAUGAGCAGUGUUGCAGCGACCUGCCUAUAACUGUCUACAAGCCUCCAGAGAAUGUUUCCUUCAGCGUUCACCCUGAUGUGCCGAUGUCUGAGGGUCAGCAGUACACUCUGCAGUGUGAAGUACGGGAUGUUGCUCCUGUGAAAAACCUCAGAGUGACUUUCUACAGAGGACAGACGGCACUGGGUGAACUAAAGAGCAGUAAGAUUAAAAAAGACGAGCCGAAACCAGUGAGUGAGGUCUUCACUUUGAACAUCACCUCCACUAAAGAAGAUGAUGGAGUCCAGUUCUGGUGUGAAGCAAAGCUGGAGCUGGGAGCUGAAGUGCCACAGCCUCCUCCAGUGGUGGAGUCAGAGAAACUCACUGCUGCUGUCCACUAUAAGCCUCAGCUAGAGGCAUCCGUACCUCCGGAUCCGAUCAUCAUCACAGAAGGAAACCCUCUGACGCUGAACUGCUCGUCUGUGGGAAACCCCUCACCAUCGUAUACAUGGAGAACGUCGGGAAUCACUUCCCCCUCCAGUGGCAUCGUCUUCAUCAUCAAAUCUAUAACUCAUGCAGAUGAAGGGUCGUACACCUGUUCUGUCAGCAAUGAAAAAGGAUCAAUCACUGUUGAGUUUAACGUGACGGUCCAAGAUUUGGCGUUACCUUCAACCACACUGCCGACAACAACAUCAACCCCGUCCACCACAAUGAUAACAACAACAUCAACCCCAUCCACCACAAUGAUAACAACCACAUCAACCCCGUCCACCACAAUGAUAACAACCACAUCAACCCCAUCCACCACAAUGAUAACAACCACAUCAACCCCGUCCACCACAAUGAUAACAACCACAUCAACCCCACCCACCACAAUGAUUACAACCACAUCAACCCCGACUACCACAAAGACAACAACAACAACAACAACAACAACAACAACAACAACUCCAAACAGAGAUCAAAACUGUGCAGAUAAACCUCGGUUCACUCCAUCCAGACUGGUGGUGCAGUUUGGGAAGCCGACCUCCGCCCUCUGCUCCGUGUGUCAGCCUGGAUGCAAUGUCAGCUUAUUUGAUAUUGAAAGUCCUAUUGGAGCCUUGACAAAAAAUGGAACUGAGGUUACAUGGACGGUCAACGAAAUGACUGAGUGGAUCAAUUCUCUAUCGUGCUAUUAUACCAAUGACACUACUGGUGUGCAGUGUUGCAGCGACCUGAAUAUAACUGUCUACAAGCCUCCAGCUAAUGUUUCCUUCAGCGUUCACCCUGAUGUGCCGAUGUCUGAGGGUCAGCAGUAUACUCUGCAGUGUGAAGUACGGGAUGUUGCUCCUGUGGAAAACCUCAGAGUGACUUUCUACAGAGGACAGACGGCACUGGUUGAACUAAAGACGGAAAAAGACGAGCCGAAACCAGUGAGUGAGGUCUUCACUUGGAACAUCACCUCCACUAAAGAAGAUGAUGGAGUCCAGUUCUGGUGUGAAGCAAAGCUGGAGCUGGGAGCUGAAGGACCACAGACUCCUCCAGUGGUGGAGUCAGAGAAACUCACUGCUGCUGUCCUCUAUAAGCCUCAGCGAGAGGCAUCCGUACCUCCGGAUCCGAUCAUCCUCACAAAAGGAAACCCUCUGACGCUGAACUGCUCGUCUGUGGGAAACCCCCCACCAUCGUAUGCAUGGACGUUCCCGUCAAGAACCACUUCCCCCUCCAGUGGCAGCGUCUUCUUCAUCAACUCUAUAACUCAUGAAGAUGAAGGGUCGUACACCUGUUACGUCAGCAAUGAAAAAGGAUCAAUCACUGUUGAGUUUGACGUGAAGGUCAAAGCCGACAACCUCGCUCUCAUCAUAGGUCUGGUGGUAGCAGCUGUUCUUCUGGCUGUCAUUGUGGGGGUGGCUGUAUUCAUCAGUUACCAUAAAUACUAUAAAGAGGGAGCGUACAACCUGUGGGAUCGUAUUCGUUUACACACAACACACAGUUCUAUUCCCACUGCUGAGUAAGUCUGCUGGAGACCAUGGUUGCAGUCGAAUAGUC